GGUGGUCAUCGUCGAAAGAGGCGAGUACUGUUCAGUCAGGCGCAAGUCUAUGAACUCGAGCGACGAUUUAAACAGCAGAAGUACCUCUCCGCGCCGGAACGUGAGCACUUGGCCCAGCUCAUCAAUCUCACACCCACACAGGUCAGUUUCUUAUCUUCGCUAUGCCCCCCCCCACUUCUUACGUACCCCUUUUGCUUUCCUCUUUUCCUCCUUCACACGUACUUCCUAUUUCCCUUCAAUACAUUAUUCCUCCUUACGCACUCUUCCUUAAUUUCCGCCCUCAUAGUAAAGAUCUGGUUCCAAAAUCAUCGUUACAAGUGUCGGAGGGCGCACAAGGAAAAGGAGAAUGUAAAUCAACCCUUUGACUCCACAGUCGGCGGGCUUUCAGGUUCUGGUGAGGAUCAACAGGAUGGUGUAAGCAGUCCCAGUUGUACGUGCAGUGACAUGGAAAGCAAAGACGGCAGCUCACGGCAGCCCUCCAGCGGCAUGGACGAUCCCGCACUGAAUGCGUCCGAUCGAAAUUCCGUGUGCGUUGAUAUGGCCACACUGGACCCGUCCAAACCAACCCUCGGAGAGCGUCGACUGAAGGACUUCGCCGAGGACUCUGCCACGACCACCAUGCGAAACCUCGCCCUAGCAGGAAGCGAGUUC